UUCAGAUGGAUGUGUUUGUGUGCUUGUGUGUGUUUGGUGCAGCAUGGAGGAAUGUGAAGCGCUGUGCACUCGACUGGCCAUCAUGGUCAACGGACAGUUCAAGUGUCUCGGCAGCAUUCAGCAUCUCAAAUCCAAGUUUGGUCAGGGCUACACGAUCAUGUUGAAGGUUGAAGCACAGAGUGUGGAUGGCCAGGGACCGUCAGCCGCAGCUACGGGUCUGCUUGUGGAACCGGAUACAUCGGCUGUUCAGGCGUUUGUUUCACAACGCUUUGCUGGUGCUGAACUGCUGGAGUGCCAUCAUGUAAGAGGAAGAGAGAGAUAUAUA